UUCUUCCCCACCGGAAACCACCACCCACCUCCCCUCCUCGAUGGGCCACGUCCUCAGCUGCAGCCGCGACGGCGCUGACUUGUUCCGCGCGGUGCAGCACGGCGACCUGGACGCCCUCCUCGCCGUCGACCCGGAGCUCGCCCGCCGCGCCACCACCAUAUACGACCGUCUGUCCCUGCUCCACAUCGCCGCCGCCAAUGGCCAGCUGCAGGUGCUCUCCAUGUUGUUGUUCGAUGACGGUGGCGCCGGCGGGAACGUGGACGUGCUGAACCGGAAGAAGCAGACCCCGUUGAUGCUGGCGGCCAUGCACGGCAGGACGGACUGCGUGCUCAGCCUGCUAGACGCCGGAGCAAAUAUCCUCAUGUUCGACUCGGUACACGCGCGGACAUGCCUCCACCACGCGGCCUACUACGGCCAUGCCCACUGCCUCCAAGCCAUCCUCUCGGCCGCCAAGACCACGCCGGUGGCCGACUCAUGGGGCUUCGCGCGCUUCGUGAACGUGAGGGACGAGCACGGCGCCACGCCGCUGCACCUGGCGGCAAGGCAGGGGCGGCCGCAGUGCGUCCGCCACCUGCUCCACGCCGGCGCCAUCGUCUCCGCCCCAACAGCCUCCUACGGCUUCCCCGGCAGCACGGCGUUGCACCUGGCUGCACGCCGCGGCAACCUGGACUGCGUCCGGGAGCUCCUCGCCUGGGGCGCUGACCGCCUCCACAGGGACUCGGCGGGGAGGAUCGCCUACGCGGUGGCCCUCAAGCACAGCCACCGAGAGUGCGCCGCGCUGCUGAACCCGGCGGCGGCGGAACCAAUGGUGUGGCCGUCCCCGCUCAAGUUCAUCAGCGAGCUCAGCCCGGAGGCCAAGGUGCUCCUGGAGGGGGCUCUCAUGGAAGCCAACAGGGAGCGCGAGAAGCGCAUCACGGACACCACAACCAAAACAAACAACGACGGCGGCCUUGACGACGACGACGAGCAGCUGUGCGGCAUCUGCCUGGAGCAGGCGUGCACCAUGGAGGUGCAGGACUGCGGGCACCAGAUGUGCGCCGCGUGCACGCUGGCGCUGUGCUGCCACAGCAAGCCCAACCCGACGACCCUGGCACUGCAGCCACCCGCCUGCCCCUUCUGCCGCGCCACCAUCACCCGGCUGCUGGUGGCCAACAGCAAGACUACUGCUACCUCCAACAGCUUCAGGGGACUCACCUCGGCCAUCAGGUCCUUGUCCUUGUCCAGGAUUGCUCGUGGCUCCGGGAGGGUAGCCGACAGCUCAUUACCCCAGUCAUUCUUUGAGGAACAAGGAUCCAAAUGAUUACCAAGCCUCAUUACCUGCAAUAAUCCACUCCAGUCAUUCUUUGAGGAUCAAUCAAGGAUCCAAAUGAUUAUCAAGCCCAAGCAAGAUGGAGUAUUACAACAACUAAUUAAUGGUGCCCGAUGCAAUACAAGUAGAUGUUUUUUUAUACAAGGGAGGGAAUGAGCAGAGUUAGUAGCCACUAAAUUUUGGAUUUGUUAGUCAAUGAUAUGUUGUGUAUUUUGUGUUGUAGUAUAUAUAGGUGUGAGUCUGGGACAUCAGCAUUCAGCGUCAUAAAGGCCGGAGCAUGAACAGAUUCAGAAUGCAUGCAAUAUGAUGCGCAUGGAGAUAUAUGUAAAGGAUGUGUUUCCUUU